CGAGGGCUCGCCCAGUCUAAGCUUGCAGGCGCUUGUGGCUGGGGGGUCUCCGCUCCGAGGCCUGGCCCAGAGGUUGCCACCGGCCUUGCACGUUCUCCCGUGGGGCUUGGCGUUUAUCCCUCGCUUGGAGAGAGCGUCGCUGUGCUGAGCGGCAACCCCUGCACCCAGACGAUGGAGGCGGCGCUGCCAGUGGCCCGGGUGCCCCCGCACGACCCCAAGACCCCCGCACUGUCGGUGGUGGACAUGCACACAGGCGGAGAGCCCUUGCGCAUCGUGUACGCCGGGUGUCCGGAGGUAGCCGGGCCCACGUUGCUGGCCAAGCGGCGCUACAUGCGUCACCACCUCGACUACGUGCGGCGGCGGCUCGUAUUCGAGCCCCGCGGCCAUCGGGACAUGUACGGAGCGGUCCUGGUGCCCAGCGAGCUGCCCGAGGCGCACCUGGGAGUCUUGUUCCUGCACAACGAAGGCUACAGCUCCAUGUGCGGCCACGCGGUGCUGGCGCUAGGCCGCUUCGCGCUUGACUUCGGACUGGUGCCCGCUCCCCCUGAAGGCGCCCGGGAGACCCAGGUCAACAUUCACUGUCCGUGCGGGCUGGUGGCCGCCUUCGUGGCAUGUGAAGGUGGCCGCAGUUGCGGCCCUGUGCGCUUCCACAGCGUCCCAGCCUUCGUCCUAGCCUCAGACCUCACAGUGGAUGUUCCCGGACAUGGAAAGGUGGUGAUGGACAUUGCGUAUGGUGGGGCAUUUUAUGCUUUUGUUAGUGCAGAAAAAUUGGGACUUGAUGUGUCGUCUGCAAAGACGAGGGACCUUGUGGAGGCCGCGAGCACGGUGACAGAGGCCGUGAAAGCCCAGUUUAAAAUCAACCAUCCCGAGAGUGAAGACCUUGGUUUUCUGUAUGGCACUAUUUUAACAGACGGAAAAGAUGUCUACAGCGAGGAGCCUACCACCAACAUCUGUGUCUUUGCAGAUGAACAGGUCGACAGAAGCCCCACGGGCUCGGGAGUGACAGCCCGAAUUGCUCUGCAGUAUCACAAGGGCCUUCUGCAACUGAACCAGACCAGAACCUUCAGAAGUAGUGCCACAGGCUCAGUGUUCACGGGGCGUGCUCUGAGGGAAUCCAAGUGUGGGGACUUCAAAGCCGUCGUAGUGGAAGUCGCAGGACAAGCCCAUUACACAGGGACAGCCAGCCUGACCGUGGAAGAGGAUGACCCGCUGAGGGAUGGCUUUCUUCUCAAGUGACCUUUUCCAAAAGUCUCAAGGUUCUCCCUCUGAAGUAAUUACCUCUGAGUGAUACUUUCUCUGUACCACGUGAAAACCAGCAUCCAGUGACACCUGUAGGCUAAUUUUUACACGUUCUAAAACAGUACACUCUGGCUAAAUGCGUAUACUUCGUAUUUGCAAACCUCUUGGGCAUACAUAUCACUGAUGUGGCAUACAAAGUGCUAAAAAUUCAGAAACUUUGUAAUCAUUAGUAUACAGGGCAAAAUUAAAACCUAGUUACUUAA